AUGAGGUCUGACCCCUUGGACGCUAUGACUCAGUCCCCAUCCUCCUGGAGUGACAGCACUGACACCGAGAUUAGCAGCUCUGAAUCCAAUUUCAGCCUCUCUGUGGGCUAUUAUCCCUCACAAGAAAUAAACUGCUGUGAGGAAACAGGACCAGAGUGUGAAUCCAUCCAUUUUCUCCCACCCUGCCAAGGAGCAUGGCUGACCGAAAGAAUGGGGAAACCUAAAGGAAGAUAUAGCAAAGUUGAGACCAGCCCAGAACAAUUUUCCAAACUUAGAAUUACUCUAGCAUGGGAUAUUGAUCUGGGCCCUGACCAAUUAUGCUCAGUAUCUAACUGGAAACUGAACAAAGAAAAUAACUGGGCAGGCAUGAAGCAGGAAAGAAAUACCCACCAGACUAUGAGGGAGCUGGAUGGUUUUGUUCAAAAGCUGGAAGCAGACACUCAGAAAGAAGAUACCUUUAUCCCUGGGUCACUUCUGAAAGAUUCCCAGAUCACCACAGUUUCCCCUCUAGAAACCACUAAAACCACCACUACGUCCAUCCAAUAUGAGACUACAUCUCAAGCCUCUCCAACUGUUCCACUGGCAGAAAAUAGACAUCUGGUCCAACCAGUCAUGCCACAGGAGUGCCAGCUCAAAGCAACAAAGCAGUUGCAGACUUGGCAGUACAGGAAGGAAACACCAAGCUACAAGAGGAUAAUAAGCUCUGGAGAAUCCUCCUCACUCUUCACAGAAAAGAGGGAGUACCAGACACCUCCUUCCCCAGGUAGACAGUCGCUGUCCUGUUUAAACAUAGGCAGGAUUGUUCGGUGGUUAAGAGAGCAAGUGAUUUCCUCACUCUCAGGAAAGGAGCAGUCCCAAAACAAGUCCCCUGAAGGCACAAAGCUGCUGGCCCAGAAAAGACAGUGCUCAUGCAGAGAAAGGAGAGUCCAACCCCAGGAUGCUCAAAAAUCUACCUGCCUAUAG